AUGAAUUGUCUACAUUUGCAAAUAUAUCGGGACAGCAAAGAGCGGUGCAAAAACGCCUCAACCAAGUCGUCGCUAUCGUUGGACGGAUUUCUGGCCCUCGAGAGUGGCUUCACGUUAGAUAAAGAAAGCAAUACUAUUGCCAUUAUAUGCAAAGAAUUGAUUGUGUUGUUGGCGUUUGACACGCGAGAAGUGCUAAUCCAAUGGCAGGUGAAGAUUAAGGCACAUCUCAGCGAAGUGCAACAAUUUCUCGUCCAAAUCACAAAUCUUCCGCCUAAGAGUAAACUGAGUGCCGGACCCGCGAGACUACACCUUCAAGACUAUGUCUUCUGUCUGGUAUCGGCGAUACCGCCGCGACUGUUAGGCAUUUGGCCCAUCAAUGAGUUGCGGAGGUUUGGCAUUAUUGAUGGCAAGUUCUGCUUCGAGGGCGGAUCCAGUUGUGGCAAAGGAGUGGGCGCACAUGUAUUACACACGAAUCAAUGCGAAGAAUUGGCCAAAUGUUUUGAAUUAGCACUGAAUGGGAAACUUCAUGGGAAGCGAAGAUUCACGUCAAACAAGAACUCAACAAUUGACGGCUCCGUUAGGAUGUCUUUACAACAAACUAAAUGCUAUAAAAGCUGUGAAUGCGGUAGUAAUGAGUCGAGUCGUCCGCUGCUUAUUAGCUCCAGUUCUGAGAGCAGUGUCUGUGACGCCUGUUCUGAGAUAAUCAGAUUUAACGGUUCCAACGGCUCGAACGCCAACUUCGACAAUGAGAUUAGUGGCGAAAGCGAUGAACACUACUCAUCCAAUUCGACGUGUUCUACAAUAUUGAGAUGUUCUUCGACUAUGAGCUGCACCGGUAGUCAACCAUAUCUAUCGUCAUCAGCGGCGAGUGUGGCCGCAGAUAAUGACUGUUACUUAACGAGCCAUUCAUCGCAACUAUUUAACAACAACUGUGCCCACAAUCACUACCCAAUGCAGAGCUUAUCUAACAUAGACUGCAAUACAUUACCAAAAUGCACACAACAUGAUAAGAAUCGGAGCUCAUGGGCUCCUUCUCAUUGUAGUCAAUGCGGUCAUCACUAUUGCGCUGACAUUUACGACACGACCGCUGAUGAUGUGCUGAUGACCACCAAAACACUGCCAAACAAUACACUGUCGGCUAUAAACUUAUCGGACUUGCGAUCGAUCUCUCCCUCGUCUAUGAGAGGCUGUUUGCGACACAAUAACCACAACUGUAUUCACAAUAUCAAUGGCAUUACGGGUAUUAAAAAUGGUUCGUCUAUUCUUCCAGACCGGGCGUCGCUCUGCUCUCAGAGCUCCCAUAGUUCUGGUGCCAGUAAUAGCAGCAAUAAUAGCAGCGGUUCCCACAGUAGCGGCCAUUCAUGUCAUUGCAAUGCAGAAUAUUCUGUGCCCAGACGUCAACUCCAACCGCCGCUCAUCGAAGACAUGCUUUACGACAAACCCAAGAAUUUUCAGCACAAGAUCUGCAAUAUUGUGAACAAAAGGGAACAAAUGGCUCUUUGCAGCUGUCAAUUGGAUCAGUUGGAUGUCUCCAAUAGAAACACAAUCGCUAAUAAUCACAACCAAAAGAUUAUCUCAAAUGCAAAGUCAAUGAAUGGUUCGUUUGAAUCGUCUUCUCAUCACAAGUCUAUUAUGUUAUUAAAGGAUUCAAAUCGUGUAAAGUGUCAGCAAAUUGAAGAUUUUGGGGAACAGUAUUAUUCGGUUCCCCGAACAGCGCUCACAAACAUUUACUUAAAGGAACUGAAAGCAUCGCAAAACUGUUUGUCUGACAAUACCAUCAAAAACAAAGAGAAUUUUGGAGAGGAGUACGACAUUCCCCGUAAAUAUCAAGAAUCAAUGAAUCAGUCGAUGAAUGGAUGCCAUAUUCCUUGCAAUUGUUCGCGUUUUAUGUCUUCAACAGCGCUUCAAAGACAGAGUAAUUCAUUGAUUGAAUUCAAUGCCGGCAUUGCCUCCCAUUCCGAUGCGUUUAAUGAUAGAAACACAACCUUUAAUAACAAUACAGUGCUUACGAAUAAUUCUUAUCCGAUGUCUGCAAACGCUAUCAAUCAAUGUAUGUUUAGCUGCCGUCAGAGUACUACUGGUCCACACAAUCAACCCAUAGAUUCUUCGCUAUUAACUCCAUUAGGAGUGCAAAAUGUGUCGUCAAUUAGCCGACAAAAUGAGUGCAAAUCUGAUAUUCAGUUUGCAGUGAAUGGUUGUUGUAAUCGUACGGAAAGAUUGGGAGUCAAUAAAGUUUUGGAUAAGAAUUACAUUAUUAGAGAUACGGAUGAGAAUGAAUGCGGCGAUUGUGUGAUGAGAGCUAAUUUAACAAGUGUUCAAAAAGAUAAUUAUGUGAACAUAGAGUUCAUACAAUCGAUACCACUUUACGAGAAUAUUGAAUGCAUUCAAAGCAAAGAACUCAUAAUUGAUGCCAGAAUUAAAGAGCCCCUAAAAGAGCCAUUGGCUGAUCGUAAGCACCAGAAUCAUAGUCACUAUAACUAUGAGAUUAUGUCAGAGCUUAACAACAAGAAUCUCAUAGAAAAAUCAAUAAACACGACGACUGAAAGCAAACCGAUUGAUAACUAUAUGUUUAUGCGUCCGAAUGUGACAAACAAGACAUCUAUAGACGAGUCAAACGCCACGGAAUCGAUUGGCAAUAAUAUUUCAAACAAUCCGUCGAUUCAGCAAUUAUUUGAUUCAAUAAAUUCAAAUAAAAACAAAAACCCUUCGCAUAAGUCGAGUGGCAUUAAUGGCAUACAGUUUGCGGCUAUCAAUGAAGUGAAUGAAAAAUUAUCAUAUCGUCAGCGAUCCAACUCAUCAGAGAGGAAGAUUGAACACAAUUUUUGCAUAUCUCUGCCAAACGCGUUGUCGUGUCCGCCAUCGCCCGCACCACUCAAAGCCAGAACCAGUUAUUCAUUGCAAAAGAGCCAACAAUUUCUCAAGAAAUCGUUUAGUAUCGACGACUUAUGGACGACAACGUUAUCUCAACCCCACAACCAUUACUUAAAGUUAGGCCUCAAAAUAGCGUCCCAUAAAUCUGCCGAUUGUCUAAAACAACGGCUCGAAGACUAUCGCUCAUCGGAAGAGGAUUUAUGCACCAGUAGUCAAAUCACUGUUCUCUGCGCCAGUCCUCAG